AUGAAGGUCGCCGUGCUGCAAUUCAAUCCGCACCUGGGCUCAGUCGAGAGGAACAUGAAGCACGCAGAGCAUCUCCUGGACCAACACAGAGAUGUACAGCUAGAUCUCCUGGUGCUACCGGAGCUCGCAUUUUCCGGCUACAACUUCCCUUCGCUAGAAGCAAUACGGCCAUUUUUGGAACCCACAGCAAAUGGACCUACUACCAAAUGGGCUGUACAUAUGGCUCAGAAACGACGAUGUACUGUGACUGUUGGCUACCCAGAAAUAGCAAACGAGCGUCGCACUGAUGGCAGUCUGAUUACGGGGAACUACAACUCUACAGUCACAGUCGCACCAACCGGAGAUGUCCUGGCCAACUAUCGAAAGUCCUUCCUCUACUACACUGACGAGACGUGGGCUGAAGAAGGCUUCCGAUCCACUGCUACAGGCACGCCCUUCUUCGCCUCUCAGCUCGGCGAUCUAGGACUGGUUGGUCAUGGGAUAUGCAUGGAUAUCAAUCCCUACCGCUUUCAAUCACCUUGGACCAACUAUGAAUUCGCUACGACAAUGCUGCAAUUCAAUGUCAAGCUCGUCGUCUUGUCCAUGGCUUGGCUGACACGACUCUCCCCGGAAGAUACUCAAAUGAAUCCCGAACGCCCAGACAUGGAGACAGUAGCGUACUGGCUUGAGCGCUUCUGGCCCUUCGUGGACAGCCAACCCAACGAGCCGAUUGUCGUCGUCUUUGCUAAUCGAUGCGGAAGCGAAGGUGUGGCGAAAGGUGCAGUACAAAUGGACCACGGCGAGCACAUCGAGAUCGGCGACAGAGUGGCAUAUGCAGGCAGCAGUUGUGUGAUGAGGUUUCAGAGCGGGUCAGUGAAGCUCUGGGAACAUGACACGGGCGCGAACAAAGGUGAUGUCGGCUUGCUCGGUAAGGCUGAAGAAGGACUGUUGGUGGUGGACACGGCAAAGUCGGCCGGUUUUCUACUGCAGCAGAAAGCAGCAUAG